AUGAGGACUUCACUGUCUUUUUCUUGUUCAUUGGUUAUAUUCCUAUUGUUACUCUCUCAGCCUUUGGCAAAUUCAACGGAUGAAAAUCAAGAAAGCAUACCCCAAGUACUGACCACUUGGGGACGAAGGCUUGCACAACACGGUGACUCCAAUCCAGUAGAUCAUCGUGACGACCCUCUUCGAUUUUUCAUGAGGAAAGUUCGUGUUGGUGGUGGUGGUCGUCGUACUCACCGUCGUGUCCCUAGUAGUGGCCAUGGUGGCGGUGGUGGAUCGUCGGCUACUUGUCGACCUUCUCUCUCGAUCGCAUUGCGUUUUGGUUCCACGGUCUUGAGCUCUAUUCUACUGAUAUUCUUCGCCUUCUAGGUUAACCUUUUUCUUUUUAAUUUUGUCUUUCUAUUCUAUCGUGUGU